AUGAAGAGCUCGACGUCUUACCGCUUGGACAACCCAACAUCCAGUCCAACCGGCCUGUUCUCGGGUCAGUCAACGCGUCAAACCAACGCCGGAUUAGUUGAUUCGGUUUCAAGCCUUGCAACCACCGCCACAAACGCGACGGCAAAGGCAAAGCCAAAGAUCUUGCAUGGCCGGGAAGUCAUUGAGCUCGAGUUCAGCGAAGGGGUCCGCGGUAUCUACGCCACCUCGGUUCAUGCGAUAAAUCCCGCGCAGGACGAGAGCGCUCGCAAAGGUAAGGGUCGCGCGUCCUCCGAGAAGACCAAGUCUCCGCGAUUCUGCGUUGUCCUCGUCGUAGUGCUGGCCUCAAAAGCUAUCGUCUUUGAGCUUUCGCCACCGCCCAUGGCAAAAAACUUGGGUGGCAACGUACCGAAGUCUGCUUGGACGGUCCGCAAGAGAACAUCUGUACAGACCUUCCAGAAUCGGAAGGGGUUAGGCUCUGUCGCGCCGUAUUACGACGGGUCUGCUGCCGGCUCAGCACAGCAAGCUGCUGCAAUUGUGGCGGUCCCAGGGCGACAAAAGGGGCAUGUUCAGCUCCUUACCAUCAAGCUGCAGAGCCUGACAAUGGUCAACGCUGCGCCAGUGCUCUCGAAUUCUGCCUCAUCCGUCGGCGCCGCGUCCAUCAUUGUUGCCCACGAGUCCUCGAUAGCAGCAAUCACGCUCAGUCCGGACGGUCGCUGGCUCGCUACUGCCUCUUCGAAAGGCACUCUGGUCCGAAUUUGGGCCAAUAACGUCUCGGGCUCGCAGAGAGAUCUUGCCGCUGCGCAAGGCAGAAAGCCGGACACGCCGGGAAGGACAGGCUUCGGCGCAAGACUGAUCCGGGAGCUUCGCCGCGGAACGGACACCGCGUCCAUCUUGAGCAUCGCAUUUACACCAGACGCUUCCAUGGUUGCAGCUGCUAGUGACAAGGGCACUAUCCAUAUCUUUCUCCUCGCCGAUCCGUCGCCUGCAGCGGAGGUCAGCUCUGACGACUGGGGCAACGCGUCGACUUCCACAUCGUCUCGGAAAGCCAAUCUUGGGCGAGCUGCAGCGCAGUAUUUGCCGUCAGGUCUCGGCAGUCUGGCGAGUCAGAUCCCGUCAUCUGUCUACCCUCAAUACCUCAAGUCCGAAUGGAGCAGCGCGCAAUUUCGCAUUCCGCUCAGAAGCUUUGGCGCCUCUUCCCGUCACUACACUGCACCCUCAGCAGCAGACAACAGCGGCUUUGACAGCGCUGGGUCCGCACCUGCCGCGCCAACCGGCACUGAGAAGUCGACCGAGGGUGCAUGGGCCCAGAUGCGGAGUCGGAUCAGCGAUAUUCGCAAAGGUGAAGCAAGCGUCGACGAAAGCGUCUUUCUUUGCUGGGUUGCGGAAGGCAGCGAUCCUUCGGUCCUUGAGCCAUCGCUACUCGAUAAAGGCUCGAAAGCGGCCAAAGACCGUUCGCGCUCAACGCAAAAGCCCGGAUAUACCUCGGACACUUCCAUCGAUCGCAACAACAGCCCUGCACGACAUCACUUGAUCGCGUUGACUACCUCGGGCGGCUGGUACAAGCUCGCUGUCACUUUGCCCCAAGCCGAGGCUGAGGACACGGUGUCAGGCUCGACGGUGCUAGAUAUGUACCGUCGAGAUGCUUCGUCACGAUCGAAGCACGCGAAUGCACUGGAAUGUCGACUGGUUGAGUUUCGUCCUAUGGCUGCUCUUCUCGACAGCUGGCGAGCAUGA